GUCACGGGCACAUCCGUCGCGCCGAGGACGCUGGUUAGUUUCGCUCCGGGUUCCGGCUGCGUCGGGCGUGCGUGCAGCUCGCGGAGACUAUGGCGUCCGGGCCUCACCCGACAGCGACCGCUGCCGCCGCCAGCUCGUCGGCCGCCGCCCCCAGCGCGGGCGGCUCGAGCUCGGGGACCACGACCACGACGACGACCACGUCGGGAGGGAUUCUGAUCGGAGACCGCCUCUACUCGGAAGUUUCUCUCACCAUCGACCACUCGCUGAUCCCGGAGGAGCGGCUGUCGCCCACCCCGUCCAUGCAGGAUGGGCUCGACCUGUGCAGCGAGACGGACUUGCGCAUCCUGGGCUGCGAGCUCAUCCAAGCCGCCGGCAUCCUCCUCCGGCUGCCGCAGGUGGCGAUGGCGACGGGGCAGGUGUUGUUCCAUCGGUUCUUCUACUCCAAGUCUUUCGUCAAACACAGUUUCGAGAUUGUCGCCAUGGCUUGUAUUAAUCUUGCAUCGAAAAUCGAAGAAGCGCCCCGAAGAAUAAGAGACGUGAUUAACGUGUUCCACCACCUACGCCAGUUAAGAGGAAAAAGGACUCCAAGCCCCCUCAUCCUUGAUCAGAACUACAUUAACACCAAAAAUCAAGUUAUCAAAGCAGAGAGGAGGGUGCUAAAGGAGUUGGGAUUUUGUGUUCAUGUCAAGCAUCCCCAUAAGAUCAUUUUUAUGUAUUUACAAGUCUUAGAAUGUGAACGUAAUCAAACCCUGGUUCAAACUGCCUGGGUAGUCCAUGAUGGUAAGUCAUAGAACUCUGCCCUCUGCACUUCAGCCCAUGACCUCAGGAUGGCCUGAUUGGCUGCCCUGCUCUCCAGCCAAUCCAGUGCAAGCUCUCAUCCGAGAUUCACUGAAGUGGUCCAUAUCCAUCUGGCAGCAUCUUCUAGUUCUGUCGGGGUGUCAAAAGGAUUUGUAUAUUUGCUUCUAGAAGUAACUAUUCAACAUGCCUAUGUAUUGAAUGUAUACCUGUAACUAUCAAAAUGAAUAGUUCAUUUUUGAUAGAUUGUUAUCCGACCAUUGAAUUAAGUGAUUUUUUUGUUAGGAGUUUGACUAGAUUUCAACUUUCAGUAUGUAUAGCAUGAAUUCUACCAAAGGAAGCUACAACUUGUAGCUUAAAGUGGGCACCAUUUCCAUUCUGGAUGAAUUUCUAGCUGCUGGGCUAUUGCAGACAAUAACAGAAUUAAGAAGUACUUGAUUUUUCAAAGCACUUUUAUAACAUGGACUUUUGAGAUGCAGAUAUGUGAUUUGGAAUGCUAGCUUAUUUAAAGGUAAAGUAAAACAAGGAUUUGUUGUCCAGACAUAACUACUGUCUCAACACAAUAGGUGUACAGGACUUAAUUUUAUGUUCUGGACUAUGACUGCCAUACUUGUUUUGGAUUCAGUAAAUAUUAGUAAUAGAAAAGUUUCACUGCUUUUAUAAAAUGCAUGACAUUUUUAAUAUAUGUUCUGUAAAACAGAUUUUAGCAGUUACAGUAAGGAUUUUUAAGAAACAACCUUGUAGUUUAACCUUUUAAACAAUUUGUAAAAUUUUUUCAAUACUUCAGGGAUGUUGUGGGGAGGGUUCACUAAAGAAAUCAAGCAGUUUAUUAGCUGAAGUAGUUAAUUGCUUUUCUUUGUACUUAGUCACAAAAAAAGGUAUAUAAACAAGGCUGUUUUAUAUAUUUAUUGCUCUUCACUUCCCUGUCUAGAUUUUCUGAAGUACUUAGUUUUCUUAAUAUAACUUGGUGAGUGCUUACCUUUUUACCCCUGUCACAGUACUUUGAAUUUUUUGAAAGAACUUGGUUGACACUGCUUUUCAUUGUGGAUAAAGGAGAGAUGGUCAAUAAUUAAUGGCUUGAAGUAUUGUUGGAGUGGUUUAUCAUUUCUGAAACUAGUUAUUCAGAAUUGACUUUUAAAGCAUUGAUUUUCAUAAAAAUAUAGUUUUAAAAUUUUACAUAUAUGUUCUAUUUGGAAUAAUAGAAUUAUUUUAAAAGAAUUUAGUCAUAGGAAAGCUGAAGAAUUGUUCUAGUGUUAAAUUCUUAUCUCUCUGAUUUUUGAGUUAAGAAUUGUUAUUUGCUAGAAUAUGAAGAUAUAGAUACAAAUACGAGAA